AUGUCAUCACAAUCAAUUGCCAACACUUCUCACCCGGCCCAAGAUAAUACCCCAUCCAGACCUAUUCGCAACAGGAAAUGGGCCGACUACCCAGGGAUGACCCCUAACCCUACCAACUCUCGUCGCAGAUUGAGUGUUGAACCUUCUCCUUUGCAAACCUCAAAGAGAAAGCGUAAAGAACUAAGUUACAAACCAGAAGUGGAUUCCAAUUGGUCAAUUGUCAGCAUUCAUCCCAAGGCAACCAAGGUGAAAAAGACUCCCAAGGUUUCAUCUCAAUCAACAUCCAAGCGCCGGAAGGAAGCAACCCACUCCACAGAUGAUGUGAGUGUUUUUUUACUUUUACUCAACUUGAAAUUGGAACCUUUGUUGACCGUUGUACCAAUCUUGCAGCACCUCUCAAAAAAAGUUACCAAAUCCACUUUACAAGCUGAUUCUGACGAUGAGGUCAUCAUUGUUCCCAAAAAACGCAAGGUAGAGGACCCAGGAACCGAUGUAGCUAAGCUCAGGUGUUAUUAUGGCAAGCCAAUUCAUCAAAAAGGCAAUGUACGUUAA